AUGGAUGAACCGGACGCGGCGCAUCAGCGGAACGGGCCCACCGCGGGUGCGCUCAUGCACGGGCUGUUUACGGACGCGGACACCGGGCGGCUCACACACGCGCUGACUCUGUCGGACAGCUGCCUGACGGUCCAGAACAUCAGCUCCCCUUCAUCGUCGGAGCACCUGGACCUGCGCGACUGCCUGGGGAGCCGCGCGCACCGGAGCGAGCGCGAGGACCAGAGCGCGGAUCUGUGCGUAUAUUUCUACCCGUGCCGGCACCGCUGGAUGGCCUCGGGUCCGGUUCGCCAGAGGGACGAGCGGCGCUUUCGGCUCGCGCUCAGUACAGAUGAUAAUGAUGAGGACGCGAACCUGCGCGAGGCGGAACGUUGGGCGCGCGCCAUCAGUCACAACAGCGCGAGCCGCCCGGAACACACGCACGAGCGUCAGAAUCACGCGCGGGAUCUGGUGAGGAGCGCUGACCUGACGCAGUGGGACGCUCUGGUCAUUCUGUCUGGAGACGGGCUGCUGUUUGAGGUGGUGAACGGUCUAAUGGAUAGGCCGGAUUGGGAAAAGGCCAUCCAGACUCCUCUGGGAAUCCUGCCCGGAGGUUCAGGAAAUGCACUGGCUGCUUCCGUCCAUCACUACACACGAGCGUCUCCGGUGUGGGGUGAAGAUCUGCUGACCAGCUGUGGCUUUUUGCUCUGUAAGGGUCUGAUCUCUAAACUGGACCUGAUCUCCAUCCGUCUGUCGUCCGGUGCUCGUCUCUUCUCCUUCCUGUCUCUGGCCUGGGGCUUCGUGGCCGACGUGGACAUCGAGAGCGAGCAGUUCCGCCAGAUCGGAGCACUGCGCUUUCUCCUCAGCACGCUGCUGCGUCUGGCCUACUUACGGAUCUAUCAGGGGAAACUAGCGUUCCUGCCUGCCGAAAGCCAGCGAGAAUCGGCCUCUGCUGGCUUUUCUACCGCUGACAGCCGGCUGCCCGACCACCUGCUGGUCCCGCUGGAGCAGCCCGUCCCGCAGGACUGGACGCUGGUGGAGGAGCGGGAGUUCGUCCUGGUGCUCGCCAUGUUCCAGUCGCACCUGGGCGAGGAUCUGCUGGCGGCUCCGGACGCUCACGCCGACGACGGACUCAUUCAUCUGUUCUACGUGACGGCGGGAAUCUCGCGCACCACGCUGCUGCGGCUCUUCUGGGCCAUGCAGAGUGGGACGCACCUGGACUGGGGCUGCACGCAUCUGGUGUACCGUCGCGCGCGAGCGCUGAGGCUGGAACCGCUGAGCGAGGCCGGGGUGAUGACGGUGGACGGGGAGCGCGUGGAGUACGGACCCCUUCAGGCGCAGGUGCACAGAGGAGCGGCCCGCCUCAUCUCCGCAUGAACCGCAAACAGCUGUUUAAAAUGAGAGGUCCUUUACCUGAACCGCACAAUCCCGACUGGCUGCUGUUAAACUUGAAUUUAAUGUUCGUUUGUUUGUUUUAUUAAAGAAUUGUAAAUCUCAUAAAAAACAUGUCUAGGUCAUGCUUCGCCCCAAAAACAGAAGUAAAAAUAAUAGGAAAUU